AACUUGUCAAUGGCGGUUUUCUCUUUUUACAAUCCUAGUUACGUGAUGUUAUGAAUGUGCUGGGGGGACGUGUUACUAGAAGCCGCUAGGUCUUAUCGUUGAACCUUCGAAGGCAGAAACUGUGAGAGGUCCGAGAACACCAGCUCACACCGUGUCCGUUAAAUCCAGUGGCAUGCUCAUGGUCAUAGUCUCGCAGUGUUAUUGAUGAACAACUAUGAUGACGGCGGCAGUGACGUUCAGCCCAACGGAAAGCAUGGCACCAGGAGAACCACAUAUCCCCCCUGCCACCUCAGGCUUUGUUGCGCGAUGGAGAGCUCAACUCGCAAAUUUGAAUCGGUGCCCUUACAUCUCUUAAUAUACAACGUUCACGCAACGUAUGACUCUUGUUCGUAUCUUUGCAGCAACCCAUCCCAGAUUCGCACGCCCAGUGACCCAGCUGGAAGCGAUGACUCAACCUCAUAGGGCGAGGUUGGACGCGCCUCUAGAGUAGUUGCUGAGCAAGUGUUUACAACGUUAGCCAUCCAACUUUUGUUGUUGUAGACGUCGCACGGACUGAUUCAGUACCAUAGUUCAUCCAUCUCGGAUGAAUUAGGACGGGUGUCUUUCAAGACAUCUGAUAGGGCGGGACGGCAUGGAGGCCACGGUUCCCCCAAACCCAUACAAGAACAGGACUCAAUGACUAGAGAGGUAUAAAGCCGCUCAUCAAUGCGGCGCCCGGGGUUUAAUCAUCCCCAGGGCUUCUCGAUGUUCUACACCCAUCCCGAGUGUAGUGUUUAGAUGGGCCCCGCUGCUUUCUGAAACCCCACGUCAACUCCCCGGAUGAGGAUUCCGGGUUUCUUUCGUGCCGCCCUUCAACCCGUUUGCAACACCCAACUACACGACAGGAAACAAGCAGGGAUUUUGGACUGGGGCCCACAAUGAACUGGGCAAACACCGUCAUUGACAGCUGGGAGGCCGUCCGGCUGCUCUGCGCGAAGCAUCACGUCUUCCUGGAGAUACUCUGGACCUCGAGCAUGUAUCUACGACACCUGGUGCCGAGCUGGAGGAAAGUAACAACUCCGAAACAUGCCAAGUACUUGAAGCUGCCGUGGAUCCCCCUCGCUCUCCAUGUCCUCAUCGGCACAGUCGAGCUGUUCCGGUACUGCCACCACCUCGCCGUCACGGAACCUAACCGGACGGAUCUCGUACUCGGCCUCGUCAUGGCGGCGGGCAGCUUCCACCUGGCCGCGUAUGUGAACGAAGGGAACAUGUCCUUCGUCAGGACGACGUCCCAGGGGAUGGCGGCGCAGCGGGCGCUCGCCUCCACGCUGGGGUACGUGCAUGGUGACGCGCAGUGGCACCGGGCGUCCGUCAAGCUCCUGAACAACCUCACCUGGUUCCGGUGGAUAUGGGCGUGCGGAGGGCACCUCCAGGGCAUCCGGACGCACGGGGACGCCUUCACGGCGGCCGUGGUCGCAUCUCACCCGCUCGCGCUGUGGGAGGGCGACUACCCCGCGGGGAUUCCUGUCUUUGGGGCCAUCGUGUUCGCGCUGCUGGCCGUCGACAAGUGGGCAUCACGAAAACUGGACGGAAAGUAAGUCGGCGCUAGAAGACCGGACGGCCCAGUUGCCGGCCGUCCGAUGAAAGCAAUCUGUGGUUUCGGUGCUGACCUGGGCGUCACAGACCAGGGUUCGUCCCCCGCGUUCUGGCGCAUUGCGGACUUGUCACCGUGAAGAAGGGAUACUUCGAAACGGCUUCAUCUGGGGAAAAGCUGGAGUAAGAUUCUGCCUGUGUGUGUGUGUGUGUGUGUAUGUGUGUACCAUAUGUGUGUGUGCAGCCGUGGAUGUGGCAGGUUGAGAUUGAA